AUGUCUAGUUACUUGCUUGAAAAUCAGUACAUUGAUAUAGCUGUGCAGAAGGGAGGAGUACCUGGAAUAUCAGGAUGUAUCGAGCACACAAGUGUAUUGACACAGAUAAUCCGGGAAACCAGGGAGUCCAAAGGUGAGUUGGCAGUAGUCUGGCUAGAUCUAGCAAAUGCUUAUGGAACAGUACCCCACAAACUUGUUGAACUGACACUCGAAAGAUACCAUGUACCAGAGAAGACAAGGGCAGUUUUAAAAGACUAUUUUGAUCAUCUCCAGCUAAGAUUCACAGUACAGGAUUACACAACAGCAUGGCAACGCUUAGAAAUUGGUAAAGUCACAGGAUGCACCAUAUCAGUUAUCCUGUUCUCAGCAGCAAUGAACAUGAUAGUCAAAUCGGUGGAGAAGAAGAGCAGAGUGUCAUGGAUGAAGUCAGGAGUACGCCAACCACCAGGGAGAGCAUUCAUGAAUGACAUGACAGUUACAACCAAGACAGUUAUUGAAGCCAAGUGGACAAUACAAGAACUAGAAUCAGCAAUCACUUGGGCAAGAAUGAAAGUAAAACCAAGUAAAUCCCGAAGUUUGGUCAUAAAGAACGGGAAAGUAAAGGAAGAAAGAUUCAAGAUUGAUGGAGAGACAAUACCAACAGUCUCAGAGGAGCCAGUAAAAUGCUUGGGGAAAUUCUUCAACGACACAUUAACAGACAGACAGAAUGUAAAAGAAACAUGCAGACAGCUGAAUGAAUGGAUGAAAACUUUGGAUAAAAGUGGACUGCCUGGUAAAUAUAAAGCAUGGAUUUACCAACAUGGGAUACUGCCUCGCCUCUUAUGGCCGCUAUUGGUGUACGACGUACCCCUGACCAUAGUAGAAGGGAUGGAAACAAUAGCAAGCAGAUAUCUGAGGAGAUGGCUGGGGGUACCAAGAAGUUUCAGCAGCGUUGGUUUAUAUAGCUCUGGGACAAAGCUACAGUUACCUCUUAAGUCUAUUACUGAAGACUUCAAGGAGACAAAAGUGCGUCAACAUUUAUUGUUACAGAAUAGCAAGGAUGAGAGGGUACGGACAGCGAAAGUAGAAAUUAGGACAGGGAGAAAGUGGUCAGUAAAGGAAACUAUAGAGGAAGCACAAUCCCGCUUGAGAAUCAGUGAUAUAAUUGGAAGACAGGCAAUAGGAAGACAAGGGCGUGAUGACACACCAACAGCAAGAUGGGGGACAGCUUCAGUAGAGGAGAAACAAAAUUUAAUGCGUACAAUAGAGGAAGAUUCAAGAAUGGUGAAAGCAGCUGGAAUGAAGAAACAAGGUAGCUGGUUGAACUGGGAGAAUACACGCCAGGUGAAGUUGGGAUGGAAUGAUAUCUGGAAGAUGGAACCAUUCAGACUUCAAUUUAAGCUGAAAUCAGUUUACGAUGUCCUUCCCAGCCCAACUAAUCUUGUAACAUGGGGAGUGACAGAUGAUCCAAAGUGUGCCCUCUGUAGUAAAUCAGCAAACUUGGAGCACAUAUUAUCAGCAUGCUCACAGGCUUUGAAAGAUGGGAGAUACACUUGGAGACAUGAUAAAGUUCUAGCCAGUAUAGCUGACACCUUGGAGAAAAGUAUCAAAAAACCAAGGAAAAACAGAGAGGGCCUGAGAUUUGUCAACUUUGUGAAAGAAGGUGAAAAAGGACAUAAAGUUAGUGUGGAAGGAAGUGGUCUGCUGGGGACAGCAACAGAUUGGCAGAUGCGGGAAGACCUCAAGAAAAGAUUAGAAUUUCCACCUGAGAUAACAGCUACAAACAAGAGGCCUGACAUAGUUAUCUGGUCAGUGGCAACAAAACAGACAAUUCUUAUGGAAUUAAAAUUACCAUGGGAAGGCAGAAUGGAGGAUGCAUAUGAGAGGAAAAACCUAAAGUACCAAGACCUAGUGACGGAUUGUCAACAAAAUGGAUGGAAGGUCUGGUUUUUCGCAGUUGAAGUGGGAUGUAGAGGAUUUGUGGGACAGUCUAUGUGGAGGGCACCGAGAGUCAUUGGCAUUACUGGAGCAGAGAGAAGGAGACUGAUAGGGAGUCUGUGUAGGGAGGCAGAGUCAGCAUCUAUGUGGUUGUGGAGAAGAAGGGCAGGUAAAUGGAAAGACAGUUAA